UUGGGCCGCGGCCGCAGCCGCUGAGUUUGUGGGUUCGGUCCGGCCCGGCCCGGCUCCCUGCGCGUCUCCCCGGCCCCGCUCCCCCGGCGGCUCCGGCCCCAGCCCCGGCCAUGAAGCGGAUCUUCUCCUGCUCCAGUUCACAGGUGGCGGUAGAGAAAUGGAACCGCCGUGAUCAGAAACUCCUAGAAGCUGUGCAGCGGGGAGACGUGAGCCGGGUGGCUGCUCUAGCCUCCAGGAAGAAUGCCCGUCCCACAAAACUAGACUCCCACGGCCAGUCCCCGUUCCACCUAGCAGCGUCUAAAGGGUUGACAGAGUGCCUGAGUGUACUACUGGCUAAUGGGGCCGAGAUCAACAGCAAGAAUGAAGAUGGAAGCACCGCCCUGCACUUGGCUACUAUAUCCUGUCAGCCCCAGUGUGUCAAGGUCCUCCUGCAGCAUGGCGCCAACGAAGAUGCAGUGGAUGGAGAAAAUCGAAGCCCCUUGCACUGGGCUGCUUCAUCUGGCUGCGCCUCCAGCGUAUUGCUACUGUGUGAUCAUGAAGCUUUUCUGGAUGUCCUCGAUAAUGAUAGACGGACUCCCCUGAUGAUUGCAUCACUGGGUGGUCAUGCAGCCAUUUGUUCCCAGCUCUUGCAGAGAGGUGCCAGGGUUAAUGUCACAGACAAGGAAGACAAAUCAGCUCUGAUCCUGGCCUGUGAGAAGGGGAGUGCAGAAGUGGCAGAGCUGCUCCUGAGUCAUGGGGCAGACGUAGGGACUGUGGACAUCAUGGGCCAUGAUGCCUUAUACUAUGCCCUGCGUACCCAAGACGAGGAACUAUGGAGGCUGCUUCGCCAGGCCCUGAAUCGCCGCCAGCGUGGAGGUCAAGAGCGGGCUCAACAUCCUGACUCAGCAUCUCAGGGUUCCCCUCCUAAGAGCCCAAGAAGAGCAGAGGCAGAGGAGGAUGAGGAUGAAAAGGAGGAAGAGGGUGAGGAUCUAUGCAGCCCUCAAGAGUGGAGGAAGAAGUAUGAAGCAGAGAAAAAGAAAGUCUCCCAGCUGGAGCAGGAGUUGAUAAAAAAGGCCCAGGAAUGUAAGGCCCAGGAGAGUGCCUGCCAGGGUCUGGAGAGCCGUGUGCGAGAGCAGGUACAAGAGCUGGGAGUGCUCUUGGCCAGGGAGUCUAGAGCCCCCUGUGGACAAGGUUCCAGUCCUCGGCCUGGAGGAGACGGCAUGGAGCAGGGCUGUGUUCUGGACCUGUUGGCCGAGCAGGUACAAGAACUGAAGAGGCAGAAAGAGGCAAUGACGCUGAAAGGAUCAGAAUCUCGAGGGCCCCAGGGUGAAAGCCAGGGGACAACCCAAGCAGAGGAGCAGAGGCCCCAGCUGCUGAGCCCAGCGGGGAAGACCCCACGGAAGGCCAAGGGAGAGAAGGUGGUGAAUGUGGGAGGAGUUGUGUCCAGCCAGGGAAGAGGAGACCAAGUGCUUCCCCUCAAAGAGGAGAGAGGGAAGGCUCUGGGUGUAGAGCCAGCGGGCAUGGUUGCCUUGGGCCAGCUCCUGCUGCAGCUGAGGGAGGAGCUGACUGCCGUGUGGAGGGACAAGGAUGCUGCCCGAGGGGUCCUGGGCAGACCAGCCGGAAACAGGGUUUGGGGGGCAUCUCAGGCUGAGGCGGCAGCAGCUGCCUGGGAGAAGAUGGAGGCUCGCUUAGAGCAGGUGCUGGCCAGGCUGGAUCGGGCGAAGGCUGGGCUGAAUGUGGAGGCUGUGCCUCCAGUCCUGGGAUCCCCAGAGGGAGCCCCCCUCCCCCAAGCCAAAGCCGUUACCGUGAUGGUGAGCCCUACCAGAGAAGGCAAGGCAAAGGAGAGGGCCCACGAAACUCGGGGGGAACCCCUCGGAGCUCCCGGAGCAGGGCAGGCCCCAGAAGGGACUGGGGGCAAGGGACAGCUGGAGAAGGAGGUGUCUGCGUUGAGGCUGAGUAACAGUAACCUCCUGGAGGAGCUGAGCGAGCUGGGCCGGGAGCGGCAGCGGCUGCAGGGAGAGCUGCAAGCCCUGGGCCAGAGGUUGCAGAAGGAAUACAUGCCCAGGCCCGAGGCCCAGGGCCAGCUGCAGCAGCUGCGCAGCAGCGUGGGGCUGCUGGCCGAGGAGCUGGCAGCCGAGAAGGAAGCCGCGGAGCAGCUCCGGCGCCGCCUGGCCGCCCAGAGCACCGGCCUGCAGGGGCUGCGCGAGUGCCUGCCUCCCAACCUGGUGGGCGGAGGCAGCCUCCAGGGCCCGGCCCCGGACCCCCUGGAGGAGCUGCAGGGCUGCGUGGGCGCCCUGGUGGCCAAAUACAACGAGGCGCAGCGGGAGCUGGCCAAGCUGGAGGGCGAGAACCGGCGGCUGAAGGGCAACGGCUCCGUGGCCUCCCGGGCCGUCCCCCAGGUAGCUGCCCUGGAGCAAGACCUGGGCAAGCUAGAGGAGGAGCUGCGGGCCGUGCAGGCCACCAUGGGCGGCAAGAGCCAGGAGAUCGGAAAGCUGAAGCAUCUGCUGUACCAGGCCACCGAGGAGGUGGCCGAGCUUCGCGCCCGGGAAGCGGCCAACCUGAAGCAGCAGGAGAAGAGCCGCGCGUCGCUGGUGGCCCAGGCGCAGACCUGGGGCCAGGAGCUCAAGGCUCUGCUGGAGAAGUACAACAGCGCGUGCAGGGAGACCGGGCAGCUGCGGGAGGUGGUGGCCGAGGAGCGGCGGAGGAGCCGCGAGUUGGCCGCCCGGGCGGCGGAGCAGGAGCGCAGGGCCAAUGAGAUGAGGGGCCGCUCGGAGCAAUUCGAGAGGGCGGGCGAGAUAUUGAAGGAGAAGAUGGAGCAGUUGAUUGGGGCCUGCAGGGAAAAGGAAGCCAAGAUUAGGGAGCUGCUGAAGAAACUGGAACAAAUGUCAGCUGAAGUCCUUGCUGUUCGUGGGGAAAAUACCCGGCUUAGGCUACAGUUGCAGGAUUCCCAGAAGAACCAUCAGGAAAUCAUUUCCACCUACAGGAACCAUCUACUUAAUGCUGCUCAGGGCUAUAUGGAACAGGAUGUAUACAAGAUUCUUCUACGGAUCCUCAAGAUGCAGGAGUGAGUUCGCAUGGAUGAUGCUGGAUAUGAGACUUUUCUUCUAGGACAAGGACAGCAUCAGAAGCCAGAACCAUGGACAUGGUGUGGUGGUGGUGGGGCUGGCCCACAGCACUGGUGUGGGCUGGACUUCUCUAAGAUGAAGGACCUCAGAUCCGAGAAGCUAGACCUUGGAUGAAAGAAUGGAUCCAGAAUAAAAGCAUGGAAGAAACCAGCUUUGUGGGAAAUAAAGCAGGAGGCAGUAUGGUGUUCA